CAUCAUCAUAUUUCGAUCGAGCAGUGAUUUGAAAUACUAACGAGAUAAACAUUUGCAGAGCAAUAUGUCGUGGCAAACUUACGUGGAUGAGCACUUGAUGUGCGACAUCGAAGGACAGGCAGGGCUGAAACUGGCCGCGGCCGCUAUCCUCGGCCACGAUGGCGCUGUCUGGGCUCAGAGCGCCACCUUCCCUCAGAUGAAGCCAGAUGAGAUAAAAGGAAUAUUGAACGAUUUCGAGGAACCCGGGACUCUGGCCCCCACUGGCUUGUUCUUUGGUGGGGCUAAGUAUAUGGUCAUUCAAGGCGAGCCCGGCGCGGUCAUUCGUGGAAAGAAGGGAUCUGGAGGCAUAACUAUCAAGAAGUCUGGGCAAGCAUUGGUGUUCGGAGUGUACGAGGAGCCGGUGACUCCGGGGCAAUGCAACAUGGUUGUUGAGAGGCUGGCUGAUUACCUAAUCGACCAGGGCAUGUAGACCUUUAUAAAUCUACUUAGCCCCCAUUUUCAUUUCUUGUUUCUUACUUAGUUUCUCAUAAAGGCCUACAUUUUUCAUUUCCAAUAUCAACUCCUUCAUUUCCAGGCCAUCGACUUUUAUUAAUUUUUUCUUUUUUGUUUCUCAUACAAGUUGGUAUGUUGAGUUGUUGCCUAAAUUUCAGGCAAAUUUUAAUAUAAUUAUUUUCCAUCUUUUUUUU